UAAUUGUUAUAUUCCAUUUUAUUGAUAAAGGAGAAAAAAUAAUACACACUAGGUACAGCUGCGGAUUUCCAUUAUUUCUACGUGGGGUGAAGGAGUCACCCAAAUUCCUGAGCCAUAGAGCUGGCGUGACUGUUAUUCAAGGAGGCAAUUUCUUCCCCCCUCGGAUUUUAGAAAAGUGGUAGAAUCCAGAGGGCGCGAGUUUCCGAAGUGCUCGGUUCCAUCUGCUAAGAAACGGAAAACAAACAGAUGGAGAAGAUGAGUGAUGAGAACACCGAGGAGGUGAAGGUGCUUGAGUCUGAGAUCGAGCGUCUUCAAGCUGAAGUUGAAUCGCUGCAGCACCAACAACAGGAAAUCAAUAAGGACAUAACGUUCCACUACAGCCAACAAAUGGAAAAUGCUCUAGUGUUCAUGUGCGGGCAGAGACAAGAAGGAGGGAAGGAGAUGGUGAUGUCCAGACUCAAAGAGGAGCUGGAGGAGCUGGAGGAGGAUGUGAAACUGCAGACAGAAAUUAAUGGCAUCACUUUGAACAGCUGCACCACAAAGACUCUACAAAACAGUGGCAGAAAGCUGGUUCAGCAGCUCUCUUUGUCGGGUAACUGCUCUGAACUGGUCUUCCAGGUCGAGUUUCAGCUUUCCGAGAUCAAGGACAGUGAGAGAUCAAAGAAGACCAUCGGCGAUCUGAAUGUGGUGCUUGAUUCAAGUGACCUGCAAAACUUCAGCAGCUUCUUGUCAAGGGUAGAGGAGAGCAGGGAUCUUCUGCUAUUCUUCAGGACCUUAAGAACUUUUUCAGACAGAUGUGAUGACCGAAGCAGAACUUUCCAACAAUUCCAAUGUUUCCAUGGAGCUCUCAAAACCUCCUCUGGAAAGGACUUCUUGCAGCCAACAUAAAUGUUUCUCCAGCUCUCACCUAUUCACCAUCUGUGGUCAUUCACAACAUGAUUUAUAUAUCCUCCUCGAUUACAUAUUCACAUAACCAGCCGAGAGAGGCUGACAUUGUCUGGUUCCGUGCUUCUGCUAAUCUUGAUGGAUUCUGAGCCGUGCAGUUCAACGUGCAGUCCACCCACAAAUAUGUGGUGGUGGUCGAGCAUCCUGCUUUGACAGCAAAUACUGCACAGCACCGACCCCCUUCCUCUGCCCCCAGUCUGUCUGUGUUCCACAUGUGAACAUUUAGCCCAAAAAAAAAAAAAAAAAAAAUACUAUAAAUACA